UGUGCUUGUGUUUUCUCGAUCGUUGGCUGAAAUGUAUUUGUUAUCCUGACACUGAAAGUUCUGGGCGAUAACUUUGCAGAUAGUAUUGUUAUGGUUCUUCAUUGUGCAUGUUCUUGAUCUUUGAUCGAUAGCGAAUUCGGCAAUUGCGUUGCCUUUUCUUAGUUUUUUUUUAUUCUUCUAAAGGGCAUAUGAAAGAACACAGAGAAACUUGUUUUAUCGUUUAAAAGGUUGGGAUAGUUGGAUACUUUGUUGUUUUGUUUUUAUAAACUUUGUUAAUAAUUUGGUCUCAGCAACUCAAAAAAAUAAAUUAAAAUAAUCUUUAUGUUAUUCUCUUCUCGAUUAACUAUACUCGUUAAUCGCUAAUAAAAACAAAACAAAAUUUCUAUUAGCACCUCAUCGGCUCUCGAACCGCCCUUCCCGUUACAGUUUUUCUUCCUCCUCACCCUCAAUGAUUCUCUGCGGGGAAGCUGGCCCGAAAGCUGCCUUCCCACCUUGCAAAGUCCGCGAGCAGUUGGAUAUCUGCUUGCAAUGGCUCAUUCUAAAGCAUCUUCUCGACCCGCUUGUUCAAGUCAGCACUGCUCAGAUUGGGCUAGAAUUUAUUUGAAGUAUUGUCUUUGCAGUGCAAAAGAUGGUGUAGCUAUAUUUCUUGGAACUGUCAGUAUCAUCAGUUGGGGAGUUGCAGAGGUUCCUCAAAUCCUUACAAAUUUCCGUGAAAAAUCUACUAAAGGUCUUUCAGUCGCAUUCCUGAUGACAUGGGUUGUUGGGGAUCUGCUUAACCUCAUUGGCUGCAUUCUGGAACCCGCUACUUUACCAACGCAGUUCUACGUGGCAUUGCUGUACACAGCUACCACAGUGAUUUUGACAGGGCAGACUAUAUACUAUGGCCAUACUGAUCGGAGGCAUAAAUCCAACAAAAAUAUUAUAUCCAGUAAGACCCAAAAUUUUUGUCAGGAAAAUGAAAACCUUUUAAGCGAUGCAAAGAAAAGCAAUGUUGGUGGUUACAAAGGAAAUACUGCAAGUCUUUCUGAGGAGAGUAACAUACAAAGUUCACCAAUUCCUGUUACUGGACCAUCAAGUCCUAGUGAUUCCAAUGGAAGAAACUUCUAUUUUGUGUCAGCUCGAUCUUUAUCAAAGAGCCCUGUGCCUAUUUUUGGCACUUGGUUGGCAUAUUCCCAUGAGGAUGGAAGAUCACAUCACCUCAAUGAUGGUCAUCAUGAUCAGCAGUUUGCAGCAACAGAGCCUUUACUUUCAUCUCAGUCUGCUCCAACCAAAUUUAGUACUAAAAAUAUGCUUUCUUUGGUACCUUCAACUGGUCUUUUGAUUUGCAUUUGUGUUUACCAUCUUUGCUUCCAUGAUAAUAGUGAACCACAUGGGAUGGUUGUACAAGUUGGCCGCAAGUUGUUACAGAAUGAACUUCAAGGUAAUGAAGCUAGUGGAGCAGGCACCUUGCUAGGUUGGAUGAUGGCAGCUAUUUACGUGGGGGGAAGGCUUCCUCAGAUUUGCUUAAAUAUUAGAAGGGGCAAUGUCCAGGGUCUCAAUCCGUUGAUGUUUAUAUUUGCAUUGGUUGGAAAUAUAACUUAUGUGGGAAGUAUCCUCGUGAAAAGUUUAGCUUGGUCUGCAAUCAAGCCUAAUCUUCCAUGGUUAGUUGAUGCUGGAGGAUGUGCCAUACUUGAUGCUUUCAUUGUCGUCCAGUUUGUCUACUUUAGAUAUCGACAACCCAAUAAAUCUGCCUCGGACAACAAUCAAGCUUAAUGGAGAAAAUGACAUGCAUAAAUAUCAGCAAUAAAAUUCUUUUCAGAUGCUGAACUGGUAUCCUUGUGGAUUCUACGUAUUCUCAAUGAUUUGUGCUGCCUCUGACAGUCUCUGUUUGGAGUUCUGAUAAUGUGUACAGAUGCUAAAUCUCUUGGGUUGUGGUUGAGCCAGAACCCGUAGACUCAGCCGGUUUUGGUCUCUUGUAGAAAUAAGUAAUUCCUAUAUUCCUUGCUUUUGGUUUCUCUUCAUAUACUCCUUUUUGCUUUUGUUUUACGUUCGUGCCAAAGACUGAGUUGCUUCUCAGUAGCUUGGUGAAAAAAGUUUAUUCAUUUA